UGGAUUUUCCGAAAUAUAAUGGAACUAUUCAUCCAGAUGAAUGGAUAAAUGAUAUCCGAAUUUAUUUUAAACUUAAAAAUAUUAACGAUCGCGAUUGUUUGAAAAUUGUUCUAUCAUUCAUAGACCCUAUUAUCACACUUCCGAAUAGGAUUGAUAGUUUUGAAAAACUUCGUAAUGCAUUUAAAGAGGAUAUUUCUUUUACAGUAUUUAAACGUACAAAUAAGAAGUUAUUAGAAUCAUUAAGAUAUAUUCCUGAAAGAAAAGGUGGAAAUACUUCAAAAUUUGUUUCAAAUUUUCGUAAAUUAUGCUAUAAUUCUGAAGUUAACGAUAUAGAAGAGCAAAAAAUUUAUUUUCGUAAUGCACUCCCAAAACUUUCAAAUGAUAAUUAUAACAAUUGUUAUGAUUAUUUUCUGGAAUUUACUAAAAGAUGGGAGAAAAUCAAAUCAAUGAAUCAUUUAGUUAAGGAAAUUGAGGAAAUUGUUACAGUUGAAUCAAAUUUGAUUAAAAAUGAAUCUAUUGUAGCUUUAAAGCAUGUUUCUACAGGAAAAUAUUUAAGUUCAAUUGAAAAUUUAUGUUAUACAACCGGAAGUAAAUCUCAAAUGGCUUUUGUAAGCAGUCAAGUAGAGUCUGAUCUAAAUGCUUUAUGGAAAAUUGAAUUUAGCGGAGAAUUAGCUAUGUAUAAUAAAACUCCUAUACGUUUACGACAUAUCAAAUCUGGCAAGUAUCUUGGAUUAUAUUAUUAUUAUUUAUUUUAUCCCAAAUAUUAUACUUGUUACAGAUCUCCGAUAACUGAUCAUAGAGAAGUAUGUUGUGCCGGAAAUAAAAUUAAAUUGAGUUGGGAGUUUAAACAUAGUAAAUUAGAAAAUCGCCAAGGAUAUUUGAAGUCAAAUGAUAUUAUUAAUCUUAGAAUUUGUAGACGUGAUACUUCUCUAAAUUUAUUUUUACGUAGUCAUGAUAUUCAAUUUACUAUCGGAAAUGAUAAUUUUCAAGAAGUUGUUUGCCAUAAUAACGAAAGAUUAGGAGGAAAUGAUGAAUGGUGCAUUGAACUUAUUAAAAAGAUUAAAUAAAAGUAGGAUGCGAGUUAUAUUUGAGAAAUUAUGAAUUACUUCAAUUUAUUUAUUAAAAACUUAUUUAUUUGACAAGUAGCCAAAAUUUUGUACUGCACACAAUAUUUAAUAAAUUUAACCAAUAUUUUGAUUUUUAAUAAUCAUAAACAAUAG